AUGAAGCCGCCUGCUGGCCUUGCCGAAGCUCUCCCUCAGUUUCCUAGCGUAUUAGACCCCGUAGGACUGCAAGUCGAACUGGUUGCUUGGUCUCAGCGGGUGCAAUGGGCCCACACCCACCUCGUGCCCCGUGUGCGUAAAUCUGAGGGGAUGUUCCAGUACAUCGAACGCACUCAUCUUAAGGAGCAUUUCAACAUCUUCUUGUUUGGAAUGCCCCUUUCCGAUCGCGAGGCACUCAUGACCUCUCUAGUUGACACCUUCAUGCACAUUUAUACGCUUAAUCACCCGAUCAUCCCAUCCGACAACCCGUUGCCAAAAUUGCUGAUUGAGUUUGGAAUGCCCAAAGUGCUUUACACCAGUUUAGAACAAUACUAUAUGCGCAAGAAGCCGGCGCCUAUCGUCUUGGGGGAUACCUUGACUGGCGUCAUUCGCCCAGCGGUGGGCCACUUGAUGGAUUUGGAUGCUGAGGAUGAUUGGCGAGCCGAAGGCCCACCUCCCACGAACUCACUCGAGGGCGCUUCAGCGACACCAGGCACUUUGAAGGCGACUCCCAAUCCCAUCCAAGCCCACUCUCCCACCUCUCCCACUGAGAGCGACCUCGCUUUGGCCGUUCAAACACUGGCCCCCAGUUCCACCGACGACGAGAUGACUCACAUCAGCAAAUGCACUGCUGGCAAACUGGUGGUACUCAUGCGCGGCAUUCUUGAGCGUAGUGUGGCACUGCAAGGGUGGUUCGACUCGCAGAAGAACAACGACCACAAGCAGUUUUGUAAGGCACUACUCACGGAAUCGCACAGACACGACCGUGCGGUGAACGAGUUGCUCAGUAAGCGCCAUUACCAACUUAAGGACCAGGGACUCCAAUUGGCCGAUGCCUUCAACGAGAUCAACAAGUUAAAUUUGGCGGUGGCGCAGAUGGCGGAUGACUUAGAUAUUCCUUACCAACCAGCUGCGAACUAA